AUGCCGAAGUUCAUUGUUAACACAAAUAUAAGCAAGGAUAAAGUGCCAGAGUCUCUCACAGGGGAGCUCACCCAGCAGUUAUCAAAAGCAAUGGGCAAACCAGCACAGUAUCUAGCAAUACAGGUAUCUCCUGACCAGCUGAUGUCCUUUGGUGGCUCUGCAGACCCCUGUGCUAUGUGCUUUCUCUACAGCAUCGGCAAGAUAGGGGAGCAAGAGAACAAGGUCUACUCCAAAUUGCUUUGUGACUUGCUGAACAAACAGCUGAAAAUACCAUCUGACAGAAUCUAUGUCAGCUUCUUUGAGAUCAGCGCUGGCAAUGUAGGCUGGAACAACACCACCUUUGCUUGA